AUGUGGCCGCAUAUGCUCAUCCCAUCCGGCUUCAAUGAUAAUCACAGCUUUCCGUUCACCCAGCUACGUCAACAUAUAGGGGAGACUGAGUGGGCGAGGCGCGAGAAGGAAUUUUACAGCCCGUCUAAGCUUGAGGUGUCUGCAGAGCGGAAAGUAAUGGAGUUAGAUAAGUACCAAAAGGCCCUGGAGAAGUUGGAGCAGAUCAAAUCGCUUGUGGAUAACGGGGAUAUAACAACGCAAGGAUUUGUUUACUAUGCUGUAAAUCAGUCGGGUUGA